CGGGCACGAUGGCAAAGAAGAAGAAAAGGCAGCAAAGCAAGAGUCAGGCGGCUGCUGGCGAUGGCGGGGAUGGGGACGGUGGCGGUGGUGGCGGCUUGGAAUCAUGGAAGCGGUGCCAGGCUCGUCUCAAGACGGCACAGCGCCACAUGAAAAAUGUCAAAUUACACGCCGAGAUGUUCUUGAUGGAUCGGCUAGUGUACAAGUAUUCAAACCAGUUGAAACGGGAGCGGUCCUUCCAGCUGCUGCGCAAGCUGCGCAAGAUUGCCGCCCGCAUCGAUGAGCUGGAGCCCACAGAGCUGCCCCAGCGGUAUCUUGAGGUGGGAAAAGAGGCGCGGAGACAGAAGCGCAGCAUGAGUAUCACGAGAACAAGCAAACCCGCCAUCGCUAACCCCGAAGGCGAGGGCAGCACCAGCACCAGCACCGUGUUUCCCACACUCGCCAUGGAACAAGAGAUGGCUACGCUGCAAGGCCUGUUGCAGCAAGCAGAGGUGGUGAGCGAACGCGCCGCUGCAGAGUGUAAGGUGCAGCUAGAGAAGGGCCUGUUCAUGCCGUUUCACCUCGUGGUGCUCUCCAACGCCAGCCGCACGUGGAGCAUGUGCAAGUUUACUGCGUUUACCCUCGAGCACAUUCAGCGCGCUCUCGCUGCGUUUGCCAAAGCCAUCACACCCAGCGUCUCUGCUGCUGCCCUUGUUGAUACGCCUGCGGCUGCGGUGCUGUCAGAAACGGAGGACGAAGAAGACAUGCCGGCACACGCAGCGACACCAUCAGUGCCAACGGCAGCAAGCGAUGCUGCCGCACCUACAGCUGCAGGGCGUGCGCCGGGGGAUGCGUUGGUUGAGCGUGAGGACCGGCAGGAUGAGGGGGCAGACCAGCAGCCACGAAAGCGAGCAAAGGUAGUCCCGCUCAACACGGUGGACAGCGACGCCGAGGAGCAAAGCAAUGGCAACAACGGCGGUCGUGGUGGCGGUGGUGCUAAUGGUGGUGGUGGUGGCGGUGGUGGUGAUGAUGGUGGUGGUGGUGGCGGUGAUGCCGAUGAGAUUGACGCCAUCUUCGGGUUCAUGUGAGGUGGCCGCAGCACGUCGGUGUUCGCAUGCAUGGGGGAGGCGCUUGUGUAUUAUGCGCUGUCAAUGGCAUCCGAGGCAACAUUAUGUGUACAUGUAUGUUAAUGGAACGCAGCAUAAACAACAACCAACAACAAGA